UACUUCCUCUUUUUCUGUGGUUAGUUCAGCAUGAUGCUGUGACGCUACUCACCAACCUCAUUUCAGACUUCUGCUGUAUAUAUAAGUUGACACUAGUGGAUUCAUAUAGCAGACACAGUCACAUACUGUAUCCCACAACUCUCAAAGAGCAGCCCAACACACAGUCACACACACGUACAACCUGAAUGUUGCCAUGCCGAGUCUAGCCGCAUCAUCACCACGGGAGCUGCAGCACCUCAACAUGGACACUGAUAACAAGAAAAGGGCAGGAAACCUGAAGUCUCGGCUGCAGCGUAGAUCGUCUCGAGUCGCUAACACUGAUGGGCUUUGUUAUGAGGAGAUGUCCCAGUGCUCACACUCACUAGAGAGCCUUCUAUCAUCCAAAUAUGGCAUGAAGAUAUUCCAGGCCUUCUUGAAGUCAGAGUUCAGUGAUGAAAACAUUGAGUUUUGGCUGGUGUGUGAGGACUAUAAGAAGAUCAGGUCUUCCUUCAGGAUGUCCUCCAGGGCCAAAAAGAUCUUCAAACGCUAUAUUCAAGCUGAGGCUCCGAGAGAAAUCAACAUUGAUCACAAGACCAGAGAGCUGAUCAGGCGGAACAUGAAGACGGCCAGCACCGUGUGCUUUGACGAUGCCCAGAGGAUCGUCUACGGGCUAAUGGAGAGGGACUCUUACCCACGUUUCCUCCGGUCUGACAUCUAUCAGGCUCUACUGGACUCCACAUCAGAAUCAGUUAAGAUGUAAAGAAACAGAAACCACAGACAUUAUGUUUGUAGAAGCUGUACUGUGAAGCUGAGCCUAAUGCGGGACUACCUGAGAGAAGCUGUGUGUUUGCUUGUCUUGGCUACACUGGUGGUGAUUGUUUAACACCAAAAGAAGCCCCAAAACCACCUUCUGAGGUGGAGAAGAUGGCCUCAUAUGACUGUGUUAGAGAGGAGAGGUCAACUCUGUCGUAAAAAAGCUGAAGACAGUUUGUUCGCAACCAGCUGGUAUAAUGAAAAGAGAUGGAUAGAGGCCAGAAAUGGUUACUGUCGUACAUUUUCAUUUUCUUGUGAAAGCCGCUGUAAAGCAAAGGACUUCCCAGAGAUGCCGCAAUUAUGCAGUGAAAAUGCUGGGGACUUUCUGUAUGAGGUUCCAGGAAGUCUAUGUGGUGCAAACAACACCUUUCAUCCAAGAUACAAGCGCAUUAGUUGAUAUAGAUUGCACACCAUCUUAAGUUUAUUGUAAUCUCACUAAAGCAAUAGAAUAGUAUGAUAUCUAUAAGUGGAUUUUUAUGCACAGAGUUAUGAGUUAAUUUUUUUUACAUUCUGACAACAUUAUUGUCACACACUGAAAUGUUACAAUUAUAAUAAAUUGUGAUAAGCUAUAUGUAAACAACAGUUUGUGAGAACGUUAUGUGAAUGUUAAUAUUGGGGUGAAUUUGUACAUAUUUGAUAAUAAACUAUAUAUUUGCUUUUAAAUCUACACAAAACAAA